AUGACCUUUCAUGAACCGUUUUCCAAUCCACAAGAGUCUGAAUCUGAGACAAACUGCCUGACCUGUAUCAAUCCAAUAAGAAAGCCAAGAGCAAUGAAUCGAUGGUCAUUAGCUCCGCGGGACCAUGAAACCAGAGAGAAGCAGGACUUGGACAGGGAAUUCGCUGCCAAAAUGAACAGCUUGAGCUUGGUGGACCGAGAAAUCGUACUGGAAGAGCUUCAUGGUGUGAAAAGUGCAAAAAGAAGCACCACGAGUAGCUUUAGUUCCAUCAGCGCUAACCCCAGGAACAGCAAGAAGUAUCAUCAGAGCGAAACAACCAGUAGCAGCGAGUCCUCUGCCGAAUCGAUGCACCCACUGAUCGACGCGAUGCAAAACUUGCAGAAGCACCUAGUGGACAUGAAGAGAGGGACAGCAUACGAGCGAGUAGAGAUCGAGAACCCCGCAUAUGUCUCAAACAUUGACUUUCGCCUCAUGUUUCUGCGUGCCAAUUCGUUUGAUGUAAAGGCUACCGCAACACAAAUGAUCCGUCACUUGGAUCUGAAGCAAUCAUUAUUUGGCAAGGAGAAACUGACCAAGGACAUUACACUUAAUGAUCUUGAUGGAGAUGAUAGGAAUUUUCUUGAACAGGGGAGUUUGCAAGUCCUUCCUUGUGAUUCCGCUGGAAGAGAGAUUUUUCUCUGUUUCAAAGGGUUGGGAGCACCGAAGUCAUUGGAAAGUGAAUUGCGAGUGAUGUUUUAUAUUGUCAUGACAAUGUGUGAGACAGAAGAAAAACAAAAGAAAGGAGGAGUUAAAAUUCUUUAUCUUGUGGAGGACUUCAAAGCAAAAUCAAAUGAGAAUUUCCCAAAGCAUGGUGAAUUGUUCAUGGCUACACCAAUGGAUUGGAAGGGAAUACACGUAUGCAAUGACGACUACAAACAAUACCUACUGUUGAGUACCGUGAUGCAUCUCAUGCCUCCUAAACAAUCCGCGAAAUUCAGGGUGCAUUUUGGGAGCCAUACCGAGUGCCUCUAUAACUUGCGCAGCUAUGGCAUCGGGAAUGGAAUCAUUCCGAUCAAUCCCAAAGACAACAGCCCUGUCUUUCACCACCACAAAGUUUGGUUGAAUGAUCGCGUUAUCCGAGACAAUGAGAAAGAAAUGAAACGACUUGGAAAGAAAUCUCAACCUGCGGAGGUUGCUUCUCUGGCACACGACCGUGCUUCCCCAGAUACUCAAGCAAAAUCCCUGUCUGACAGCAGUAUGACCGAUGCUAUUGUCGAGAUUCAGCCGAGACCGCAGGAUAUGCUCUUCGGCAAAGAAUACAAAUUUCAUCCUGGAAACGCUCGGCUUCAUGCUAUUGUGGUCCAACAUGAGCUCGAAUAUGAUGACAUUGAGGGCAAGAAGGACAAAAUAGCUUUUGUUGGUCGUAUUGUACACGAUAUCCAAGCGACUGGGACAAGGUUCCUCAUAUUCGAUGAAGCUACAAAGCAGUGGAAGUUGGUCCCCAUAAAAGAGGCCAGGAACAAGAUUUCCAAGGCAAUUCGGAACCGACGGAGAACAAGGGAAUCAUAG